AUAAAUUAUUUUUGAAAUAUUAUUAUCAUUUUUCAUGAGUCUAUCUCUCUCUAAAUAGAAGUGUCCACGAGAAUCUUCAUAUUUUAAUAUUGACGGUUGCUUAUUUUUACAAUUCGGACCUCGAAAGUCGCAGGUAAGGAAUCUAUUUUUGUGUUCAUAUAACAGUCUUCUAUAAUAAUAUCAGUUACCACUAGAAACUUGCAGGAGAAAGAUUGAAACAAAGAUAGUAGAAUAACAAAGUGUGUUUGAAAACAAAAGAGCGAGUAGAGUUUCUCAUCUAAACUUGUCAUAAAAAUGGAAUCUCAAUCUCAAAAACUCAAUGUUAUUUUUCUACCUUAUCUAACUCCUGGCCAUAUGAACCCUAUGAUUGACACAGCAAGACUAUUUGCAAAGCAUGGUAUUAAUGUUACCAUUAUCACUACACAUGCCAAUGCCUUGUUAUUCAAGAAAGCUAUCGACAACGACACCUGUUGCGGUUAUUCCAUCAGAACUUGUGUCAUUCAAUUCCCUUCAGCACAAGUUGGUCUUCCAGAAGGUGUCGAAAACAUCAAAGAUGGAACUUCCUUAGAAAUGCUUGGUAAAAUCGGUCAUGGAAUUUCAUUGCUUCAAGAUCAAAUUGAAAUUCUGUUUCAAGAUCUUCAACCUGAUUGCAUAGUCUCUGAUAUGUUCUAUCCUUGGACAGUUGAAUCAGCAGCGAAACUCGGUGUUCCAAGGAUCUACUAUUACAGCUCAAGCUACUUUUCUAGCUGUUGUGCUCAUUUUAUCAGAAAGUAUAAGCCUCAUGAGAAUUUAGUUUCUGAUGGCCAACUUUUUUCAAUUCCGGAACUUCCACAUAACAUUGAGAUUACUUCUUUGCAGCUAGAAGAAUGGUGUAGGACUAGAAGUCAAUUCUCAGAUUAUUUGGAUGUGGUAUAUGAAUCAGAAAGCAAAAGCUACGGAACACUGUAUAAUAGCUUUCAUGAUCUUGAAAGUGAUUAUGAGCAACUUUACAAGAGCACCAUGAAGAUUAAAGCAUGGAGUGUGGGACCAGUUUCAACAUGGAUUAACAAGGAUGAUGGAAACAUUGCAAUACAGUCAGAAUUGUUAAAUUGGCUUAACUCUAACCCUAAUGAUUCUGUGUUGUAUGUAAGUUUUGGAAGCUUGACUAGGCUUUCUUAUGCUCAGGUUGUUGAAAUAGCUCAUGGACUUGAAAAUUCAGGUCAUAAUUUCAUUUGGGUUGUUAGGAAAAAAGACGGAGGCGAAGUCAAAGACAGUUUUCUUCAUGAUUUUGAGCAAAGGAUGAAAGAAAGCAAAAAGGGCUAUAUCAUAUGGAAUUGGGCACCACAGCUCCUUAUAUUGGAUCACCCUGCAACAGGAGGGAUUGUGACUCACUGUGGAUGGAACUCAAUUCUUGAAAGCUUGAACUCGGGUUUGCCAAUGAUUGCAUGGCCAAUGUUUGCUGAGCAAUUUUACAAUGAGAAGUUGCUUGUUGAUGUUUUGAAGAUUGGAGUUUCAGUUGGAUCAAAAGUGAACAAGUUUUGGGCUAGUGUCGAUGACGAUGCUUUGGUGAGAAGGGAAGAGAUUGCAAAAGCUGUGGCAGUGUUGAUGGGAAAAGGAGAAGAGAGUGGAGAAAUGAGGAGGAGAGCAAGAAAACUUUGUGAUGCAGCUAAGAAGAGCAUAGAGGAGGGUGGAACCUCUUACAACAAUUUGAUGCAAUUUAUAGAUGAGCUUAAAUCAUUGAAGAUAUCAAGAGAGGUUGAGAAAACAAAUAAGAAUUAAUUUGAAUGAAAUGGAGGAAUAAUGAAUUAUGGAUUUUUAGUAUGUGGAACUUAUUGAUUUUACAAAUAAGAAGGAACAUUAUCCAAGUAUUUUCUCUUUGAAAUGAAUUUUCAUGAUUCUAGCGUAUUGCAUAAGACUGUAAGAGUUUAUUUUGAUUAUGAAUGUAGAAAAUGUUGUUGUUUA